CACUAGAGCAACAAAUGAUAUUAAAGUUAGGACUAGUUAAUUUUGAGCUAUAUGUUAGUAGGACUGCAAGGAUUUGGAAAUGUGUGAAUCCACUUGGUGGCAAUCCUAACCAGUAUAAGGAUGCAACUUGGAAUGUGAUUGAGGAAUUUCUUUGUUCAACUGUUGGACAUUCAGCGAUAGCAGCAUCUGAAUGCAGGUAUGAAGCCGCUUUGAUUCUUAGAAAUGCAUGCCUCAAAAACCUUACAUUGGCUGAAGUACUUCAAAUCCUGAAUAUGAUUAUCACUCUGAAGGGUUGGAUCAAAACUCACUCUGAGUGGCAACCAAUUACUAUCACUCUUCCAGAAACUAAUAAUGAUAAAGAUACCAGAACAGGUACCUAGUUGAGAGAUCUCUUUCAGUAUUUUACCAU